AUGUCUGUCUCUCUCCUACAUACCCCCCUCAGUCUCAACCGCGACUGUGACAUGUCUCAGGUUAUGCAAAGCCAGAUGAUUGGCAUGCAAUCAUCCCUGGACCGAAUACUGGCUGCCAUCCAGAUGCAAGGUCAACAGACCGCAGCCAUAGUCCAGCAGACUGUAUUUGCCAACGGCGGACCCCCACCUCUUCCACCACUCCGUAAUGGUGUGGAUAUGUACGGAUCUCCUGGCCCAGCAGAGCAAUCGUCGCGUGGCCCUAGAUCUUUUCCGCCUCUACCAGGUUUUGCACCUCCCCCACACAAAUACGCUACAUAUGGCAUUGUGCCCAGCACAGCGCCAUCGUCAGAUGACGAAUCGGAAGACACGCUGCCUCGGUCGGCUCUGAAUGCUCCGAUCGAGGCCCUUCAAGGUCUUGCGAAUGCUGCAGCCGAAGCCGCCGCGGUACCGUCAGCCUCGCCACCUAGGGUUAAGAAGCGGAAGAAAGCAGAGCCCACACCUCGGAAUGCGUUUCCUCAUGUUGUUGAGAAGGGGCUUGUGAGUGAUGCUGAAGCACGAGAAUUGUACACUAUUUUCUUCUCUGGUUGUCAUAUCUUCAUCCCGUGCUUCGACCCAAGCUAUGACACGUAUGACGGGCUUAUGGAGCGCACGCCCUGGACAUUUGACUCUGUUCUGGCUGUGGCAAGUAAGAUUAGAAGUGGUACCGGACCUUUGAGUUCUACUUUCUACAAAAGUCUAGAGGAAGCACAGGGCAUAGCGCGCUCUACGCUCUUUGGACCAGUGGUUCGCAAAGAAGCUGUGCAAGGCAUGCUGCUCUUGGCCGCUUGGAGUACGAACGGGUGGUUGCCCAGCGGUCAUGCCAUGCGUAUGGCCCUCGACCUCGGGCUGCAUCGCGCUUUAGAGAAACUAGCCGAUCGCGAGGGCGCGAAAAAGCGAAAUGAGGAAGAAGAGCGAAAUUUGGUCAUUUCCGCAAGGAUUUGGUUAUGCCUGUACUGGUUUGAUCAUCAGAUGAGCCUAGGCACUGGCCGCCCGAUUGUUCUCCGCGAUGAAAAUUCUAUCAAACAUUGUCGUUUACUCCUUGCACAUCCUAUGAGUUCUCCAACAGACGUUCGCCUCGUGUCACAGGUGGAGUUGAUUGCCCAGAAGACGCAAAUUUAUGAGACGUUAUCACCACUUAAUGGACAAGUUAAUCACAACACGCUAGCUUUCAUUCGCCGGGCAAAUGUUGCACUUGAUAAAUGGUGGGCGGACUGUGACGAACUCCAUCGUCAAUCUAUGGACGAAGAAUCCCUUCCGCGCAAAAUCCUAGCGGGCGAGCUCCACUACGCGAAAGUCUGGCUUGUUUGCGUAGCCUUGCGUGGCGUCGCAUGGGAUAGGAUGCCCUUCGAGCAACGCGAACUUGCGUUCCAAGCCAAGGAUGCGGCCUCGAAUUGCGUGUCGAACUUACUCAACUCUCCAACUUAUAGAGCGGCGUUACGAUAUGCCGUGCAUGACACCCUCGUCAUGGCUGCCUUUUCCGGUCUUUUCUUGCUGAAGAUGGCGAACCUCUUCCCGGCCGAGAUGGAUCUGGGUACUAUUACCGUCCAGGUUGAGCAACUUGCCGAGUUGUUGUCCGACGUGGCAGCCGAGAGGUAUGCGCUGACUCUUAGAGUCAUGCUUGCUAGCUUAAAGCGCAAGGUCGGCAUGACAGCACCGAUGGGCCCCCCACAUGGCCCGGACAUGAUGGCUCCGCCAUACAUUGAUCCGAGUCUGAUGCCACAGCUACCGUUCACCGUGGAGGAGCUCGGGUUGGGCUCUGGGACCCUGCCCAACGACCGGAUGUUGUUCAGCCCAUCAGCGAUACCACUCUGGCUGCAGGAGCAGAGCCUCACGGACCUUGGGUUACCUUCAAACGGUUCCGACGGUAUUUUUCUGCAGAUGGGACACCCAAACGGAUGGAUGGGCGAUUUCCCUCCCAUGCCCGAGGCUUGGUAG